AUGCACAAUGGACCCCGCAGUAUGCACCUACUUUUCCAACGAAUCCAGUUGCCGUCAGUUCGUGAAUCACGAGACGGCAUCACUAAAAUUAAGGUGGCCGUUAAAUCAAAGAAGCUUAGACUAUUGGUGGGUUCUACACAUCAAACACGCAAAAAUAUUACUGAUAUACUAGCAUUGUCAGUUAAGUUAUCUUCAGUUGGGAAUAAUAUCAAACAGCCCACCUCCCUCAUCGAGCAUCGGCACCCCCUUUCCCACAUCAGAGCAUCGUAUCUCGCGAGAAUCGACAUCAGCCGCUCCUCAUCUCCUUCUUCUUUAAAAUUUCCCGUCACCUCUCCCUCUUCUCGGCAAAGACAAGCUCCGACCGAAGGUUGCCGAGGACUGCCGAUUUCCUCCAGUGACGCCACACGCCGUCGUGUCUUUCUUCUCCGGCAAAAUCGCGAGCAGCUGCAGAUCCCAGCUUCCAACCGCCAAUCUCAGCCCUUUCCGUCAAUCCACCAUAGCCGCGGGACUCCAUCUCCGAACAGCAAAGCGGCCCGCCGUGAUGAGCAGCAGCUUCCGGCCGUUCAUCCGAUCCUUCGUUAUCCCUCCCCAGGCAGCCACGACGAGAGCGAAUUUCUAAGAGGCCGACUUCAGGCGACUGAGGGAGAAUUCAUCCAGCGACGGCAAAUCCCGAUAGGCCCGACUGAGAACAAGCAGAUGGCGAUUAGAGCAGAUUCCUGGCAAGCACACCCGAUUCCAGCGAAUUUCAGUCAGCGACGGCCCGAGCUCUGUCCGACGACUUGUUCUCGGAGAAGGUUCGUCUUCUUUUCCGGCGGGUCGAGCCACCAGCGGCGAGGUCGAACCAUUCACGGCGAUACGAGCUUUGUUCGGGGCACUACCGACAAUCAGAAUCACGCGACUGACGAGCAGGUCAUGUUGGUCGCAAUCGAAGCUCCACGAUAUUUCGAGGACGCAAACAACCCGAGAACUCCUCUGACCGGGAGCAAUUUCGAGCACCACCUGACAGACAGAGGAGGGCUGGGAGCAGACGGGGCACGGUUGAGAGCAACAGCGGGCCGGGCCAUUUCCGAGAGUAACCGGGAGCAGCCAGGAGUCUAA